AUGUCUUCCUCAGGAUUCUCACCAGCGCCACCAUCAGUGUUCAAUGGAGAAGACUACCACAUAUGGGUAAUAAAAAUGAAGACUUACCUACAGAAAUUUGACCUAUGGGAGGUUAUCAAAUCAAAAGUUGAACCAGCACCUCUUAGAGCCAAUCCAACAGUGGCUCAAAUCAGACAACAUUCUGAUGAACUAACUAAAAGGCACAAAGCCAUGUCUUGCAUCCAGAACAGUGUGUCUAACGUGAUUUUCACAAGAAUCAUGGCUUGUAAGUCACUAAAGCAGGCCUGGAAUAAGAUGAAGGAGGAGUUCCAAUGGACUGAAAGAACAAGGCAGCAACAGCUACUGAAUUUAAGAAGGGACUUUGAAAACUUGAAGAUGAAGGAGGAAGAAACAGUGAAGCAAUACUCUGACAGAAUCAUGGCUGUAGUAAACAACAUAAGGCUACUUGGAGGACAAUUUAGUGAAGUAAGAAUUGUGGAGAAGGUGAUCUCAACCUUACCUGAAAGGUAUGAGGCAAAGAUCUCAUCUCUUGAAGACUCGAGGGAGUUGACCAGCAUCUCAUUGACAGAGCUAAUCAAUAUUCUUUAUGCUCAAGAGCAAAGGAGAGCAAGUAGACUGGAGGAGCAUCAAGAAGGUACCUUACAAGCCAAAACCAGACUAGCCUCAAGCUUCUCUAGAUACAAGGGGAAGAAAACCUGGUCAAACAAGCCAAAGACAGAUGGUGCAAGAAAAUAUCCAUCUUGCCCACACUGUAAAAGGCUAAGUUAUUCGAGUGAAGUAUGUUGGUUUAGGCCUGAUGUGCAGUGCAAAAUCUGCAAAAAGAUAGGCCAUGCAGACAAAGUUUGCAAAAACAAAGGCAAACAGAGGCCAAAUCAACCUCAACAGCCAAGAGUUGAAACUCAAGUGGCAGAAGAAGAAAGUGAUCAAGAAGAAUGA